GCGAGGUAUGCGCGUUGAAAGAGAUCAGUCUGGACGAAGAAGAGGGUGCCCCAUGCACCGCCAUCCGCGAAGCCUCUCUCCUGCGCGAACUCAAGCACGCUAACAUCAUCAUACUGCACGACAUCAUACACACACCCAAGACUCUGACGUUCGUGUUCGAGUACUUGAAUAUGGAUCUGAAGAACUACUUAGAUAUGGCUGGGGGGUACAUAGACAUGCGCAACGUGCCCAUUCUGUUCAUCCAGCUACUCAGGGGCCUCGCGUUUUGUCAUAAGAAACGUAUUCUGCACCGAGACCUGAAGCCACAGAAUCUGCUCAUCAGAACGUACGGCAAACUAUCAACAGUAUACGUCACACCCCAUAGUCGUAAUAGCUAG